UUCCCCUUGAAGCCACUCGCUGUCCCCUUCCUUCCUCUGCUCUCGUCAGACUCUCCCAAAACCAACCAAAAACCGCGCAGCCGGCGGCCACGCCUCGCACGCGGACUGCGCUGUCUUCCUCCACUCUCGGCGGCCGUUGGGCAGGCCUGGGCGGGCGCUUGCAUUGGCGCGGCGGCAGUAGAAGCGGCGGCGGCGCUCGUUGUUCAAAGCCAGCGGAGAUGUCCCACUCCAAGGCCCUGCUGUCGAAGAAGGGCCCGCUUGGGACGGUGUGGGUGGCGGCGUUCUGCGGCGAGGCCGCGCUCACCCGGGACCAGGUCGCGCGCACGGACAUCGUCGCCUCCGUUGAUGAGAUUUUAUCUGAUAUCCAGGGCCCACACAGAAUACUGGCGCAGCUUCUGUUUGGUAUUGUUAGGAUAUACUCCAAGAAAGUGUAUUACCUGUACCAUGAUUGCGAGGAAAUUCGCUCAUUGCAACUAAGACAAUGUGUGGAACCUAGCGCAUCAACUGGAGGGUUGACACAUGGAGUUUUGAAGCAAGUGAAUAAAGCUAUCCGCGCAGGAAGAUCAGUGGCAGGCCAUAAAAAAACUAGCAAAGUCAAUGAACCUGUUAAAGCUGUGAGAACAACUGAAGUCUCUAGCCCAGUAUCAAGUGAAGGCCUCUCUGUAAGGGUGGAAACAGAAGUUAUUGUACGGACAUCUGUGGUAAUCCGGAAAGCACGUGUGCCUGAUGAUCUGCCAACCUUCACAAUACCAAAAAGAUUUGAGCUUGACUCUUUCGAUUUGGGGAUUGCUGAAGAUACAGAUGAUGAAGGUGAGGAUUACCAUCAGUCAGCACGUCAAGAUAUUCUAUUGGAGGAUGAGCGCCAUCAUGCCCCGUAUUUGUAUGAGUCAUAUCAGAUGGCAUCAUGUUCAUACGAUGUUGAUUCUACAUGUUUUAUGCCGGAAUACAUCUCUGUCCCACUUGACGUGAUGCCAGCCAUUAGUGAAGCAAAUAAUAUUCCGGACUUGAGUACCGAAGCGGAUAAACCUGGAAGAGAAAACCAGAAUGCCGAUUCUGCUUGGUUCACGCCAGUGAAGGAUGUUCUUCCUCCUGAUAUGAUGGAUAUGGUGGCCGAAGCAAACUAUCCUUCAGAUAAAAGCAAAACUGGGGAUGAUUCUAUAAGAGAAGUGAAUAUGGAUGAGAAUAAUGGGGGUUCUGCCUGUUCUAUGACUCGUAUCCCUCUGCAAGAAAGUCACGAAGAGCAAAACUCCGAGAAUAUUCUGGAGAACAUGACUUGUGGGAGUCUUGGUGCAAAUAACCCCACAAUUGAAGCAUCAGCGAGUGAUUCACUGCUAGGAAAAUCGAAUUCAUCUCUACCUGCAGCAGGAUUUCCAGAACAUGACCCUGGGCAACAUGAGUCACUUGAAGCUCCUGUCUUAAGCUGUGAAACAAGGGCAGAGAACGAGCUAUCACCUUCUACACCAGAGCCCUUGCCAGAGGGUGUCCCAGGGCCAUCAUCUUCUUCUAGAUUUGGGGUUAGGACGCCAGCUAAAACUGAGAAGAGCCAGGCUACUAGAAAAAGGAGGAGGGCAUUGUACAAUAAGGAGGAUUAUAUACCAACAGAACGAGAAGGCAGGCGGCAGGUUAGAAGAAGAUUAACUUGGUCAUUGUACGAUGAGGGUACCAUACUAUCAAAUGAGAUGUUGAGAGAAGCAAUAAAGGAUGCAACGGAUUUAGUGCGGAAAAGAAGGAAGGCACCUCACACUCAUCUUGAUACCUGGAAGGUGGCAAAAGUUGGUUCUCUACCAUAUACUUUCUUGGAUCCAAUGAUUCCAUAUAAGACCUCAAUUUCUCUUGCACGCGUUAGUGCACCAGAGGCACCUGAAAAUUCAUGUGAGGAAUCAAUUAGAGCAAGGAGGCGUCUUUCCUAUGAGCACACUGAAUCUUUCCAUUCUUGCAAGGAUACUGGAAGUACAGAACGUGAAACCAUUCUAGAUGCAUCAAGAAGAAGAAAAUUGGAUGAGUGGACAGAUAUUGAGGCACCUGUUGGCUGUCACACAGAAAGUAGGCCUGUUCAAGAUGGAGUUUGUGAAUGUGAUGAAGAUACAGCCAAAGAGAAGGGCACUCAAGUCGAAGGAGAUGAACCUAGUUCAGAAAUACCACCAAAGAAGGGACUACGUGAAUCAGAAAGUAGGCCUGUUCAAGAUGGAGUUUGUGAAUGCAAUGAAGCACUGAAUGAUCAGACAGAUUUUGAGGCAUAUGUUAGCUGUCGCACAGAAAGUGAGCCUGUUCAAGGUGGAGUUUGUGAAUGUCAUGAAGAUACAGCCGAAGAGAAGGGCACUCAGAUCAAAGGAGAUGAACCUAGUUCAGAAAUACCACCAAAGAAGGGUCUCCAUGAAUCAGAAAACCAAAUUCUGUUGCACAAUGAAGCGCUGAAUGCUGCUCUAGAUAAUAUAGAUGAGGAUAUUUCUAUAUAUGAUGAGCACACCAGAGAUGAAGGUUUGCUGAAUUCAACUAGAACUAGGAAAAUAGCAAGUUGCCUCCACCAGCUAUUCCUGGAUAAGAAGAGUAAGGAGGGAACUAAUUCUUUAAGUCUUAAUCAAGUUCUUGAAGGGACAAAGAGGAGAACUUCAGCAACUUUCUUCUAUGAAACUCUGAUUCUGAAGAGCCGUGGGCUCGUACAAGUUAACCAAGAGCAGCCUUAUGAGGAUAUCAUACUCUCAGCGACUCCGCAACUUGAAGCAGAGCUUCAGCGCUGUGAGAACUAAUCGUCAGAUUAACUUAACAUGCUCCUUAGUUUUAUGACCUGACCUUAGUCUAGAGUUUCACCUAGUUACUAUCCAUCUCCUGUAGUAUCUUUGAGAUGGUCGUUCACAUGUGUAUAUAUGAGCUGCUCAUGGGCAUGUGUUAUGUGUAUUGAGUGUUAGCUGGUUAGGAGCAAAGGAUAUGGUUUGAGCUUGUUGUUUGGUUCUAGCUUAUAGAUGUAAAUUACAGUUAUUUUCUCCCGCGUUGAAUGUAGCCAGUAUUGUUCCAAA